UUUUGCCAGAGAGAGAGAGAGAGAAGAGACUGGAAUAUUGUUAUUUAAAUUAAAGAACGUGAGGUAAUAAACUGAGAAAAGGUAAUUGGAGGAGUCGUCCUGAAUAAUUAGACAAACAGCAACAAAUGCACAAGAGAAAUUUUGGAUGAGAGAAAGAAGAGCAGCCUCCGGCACACAGGUGUAAAAUGGAGUUGUCAUCUUGGACAAAAUUUCUGAAAACCAUUAUUUGGAUAAGACUUCUCUUUUUUUGCUAUUAUUGUCAGGCUGGAAAGAUUCUAGUUAUUCCAGUUUAUGGUAGCCAUUGGGUGAAUAUGAAAAUUCUUAUUCAGGAGCUGCACAACAGAGGACACAACAUUACAGUAGUGAUGCCCUACUCCAGCAUGUAUAUGAAUGAAGAGUCUCCGUACUACACUUCACUCAAAAUAACUCUUCCCCUUAUUCAAAACACAACCACAGGUAAACGGUUCGAUCGAAUGGUCGAUAACAUGGUUUACCACAGAAGUAUAGGAUCUUGGUUUUCUUUAGUUGCCCUGCAGUUUGAAAUGUACACCUUUCUAUCAAUGGGUCACCAAAUGUCUUGUCUAAUGGCUGCCACCAUAUUUGAAAACCAGGAAAUUAUGAAGAGGCUCAAAGAUGCACAGUUUGAUAUGGCUCUCACAGACCCAGGUCUGGGUGGAGGAGUUCUUAUUGCCCAAUAUCUCCAGCUGCCAAUGGUCUAUAACGUCCGCUGGUUAAUCAGUGGUGAGGCACAUUUCUCUAUUGCUCCAUCUCCAAUUUCUUACAUCCCAUUAACAUGGACUGAAUUAACUGAUAAAAUGACUUUUUUUGAAAGAUUCAAGAAUGUUGUAAAUUAUGGAUUUAAUGUAUGCUUUGAGAGGUUUUUCGUAAGACCACAUUACAGUGAAGUGUGCUUACGGUACUUUGGUCCUGAUGUCAAUAUCAAUACUCUCAUUCAAUCUGCAGACAUCUGGCUCACAAGGGUUGACUUUGUCUUUGAAUUUCCAAGACCCACUAUGCCAAAUGUUGUCUAUGUAGGUGGUUUCCAGUGCCAACCUUCUAAGCCUUUGCCGUCAGACUUAGAACAAUUUAUGGAAAGCUCAGGAGAGCAUGGUGUCAUUGUCAUGUCACUAGGGACUCUAGUAAACAACCUACCAAAAGAUAUUGCAAAUCACAUAGCUGCUGCUUUUGCCCAGCUGCCUCAAAAAGUGAUUUGGAGAUAUACUGGGGAAACCCCUUCCAGUUUGGGUAACAAUACACUUCUGGUCAAAUGGAUACCCCAAAAUGAUCUCUUAGGACAUCCUAAGACCAGAAUAUUUGUGUCCCAUGGUGGCACUAAUGGAAUAUAUGAAGCAAUUUACCAUGGCGUACCCAUGGUAGGACUGCCACUUCUGUUUGACCAAUUUGAUAACUUUGUCAGGCUGACAGAGAGAGGAGCAGCUAGGUUGCUUGAUAUUAGUAACAUAAAAACUGAAUAUGUACUGCAGGUUUUGAAAGAUGUCCUUGAAAAUCCAUCUUAUCGAAAUAACAUGCAGCGACUGUCCAGGCUCCAUCAUGACCAGCCUAUUAAACCACUGGAUGCUGCCAUAUUCUGGAUUGAGUCUGUGAUAAAUAACAAAGGAGCUGCUCAUCUGCGUACUGAGUCAUACCGUAUGCCAUGGUAUGAAUACCACUGUCUGGAUAUUAUAUUGGUUUUACUAUUUGGGAUCACCUUACUCUUUAUAUGUAUCACAAUCUCAUGCAGGUUAAUGUAUUAUAAAGUUUGUAGAAAGAGUAGAGCCAAAGGAUAGAUAAGUAGAUGGUAUGCAGUUUGACUAAAUAAGGCUAGUACAACACUCAGAAAUCUACAAUUUAUUCCUGUCUUGUGUCUUUCAUUGGUAAUUUGUUUUUACUUAUUUAUCAUUCAAUAUUAGGUAAUAAAUAGUAUUUUGUUUAAUCUUAUAAAGAUAAGCACUUUUUAUUAAGAACAAGCUUUUUUUAAUGAUACAUGAAAAUCUCUUAACUGGUUAUAACUGAAGUUGCCUUCUGAAAUACAUUAUUAUGGGUAAAUAGUAUUGCAUGUGAUAUUACAUAAUCUUCAGAAAUUGGCUACUGACUUACAAAAUUGUUAAUUUUACUGCACACAACUUCCUAUCAUCAUUACAUUGCUCUUGCUAAGUAAAUUAUGCAAUGUCAGCCUUCCCUCUAACCUGAACAUUUACAAUGCCACACUCAUCUAUGUUUUUAGUACCUGGUUUGUGGAACAUUUUCCCCCUUUUCCAAAUCAUACCUACAUAUUUGAUUUUUUCACUUUGCCAUUUUAAUUUACUAUACAGACUUUUUAAUUCUCUGCUUCACUCUUUGGUACAUACUGUACAGCAUUAAUAAUGAUUGUACUUUUUUAUCAAUUCACAGCAUCCAUCAACUUCCAUAAGUUCUCAAUUCAUAUUUUCCUAAGUUGUCAAAAUUUGUUUGAAGUGAUCUUUUAUUUUUUUACUUUUAAAAUCUGUAUUUUUUUUACUUUGUCUUGUGAUGUGCUAUGUGAAGGAUACUAAAUAAAAUAAUUAUUAAUUUUU